AUGGUGGUCACUGUCCAAGUUACCAUGGCACAGACUCUUCCUGCUAUGUCCAUUGCUUUAGAUUGGGUGUUUACUUUUUCUGGCAAGCAGAAAUCACUUGCAGACAAAUUCGAGUAUGUCAUGCAUGGGCUAUUAUAUAAGAUCUCAGAAAACACCGAAGGACCUGAUGUUAAAGUGGUGGUGUAUAUUUCUUUUGGAGGACUUCAACUGAUGCUGAAGGGCAACCCUGCCAAGAUGGGUAAAUUUAAGGUUGACGAAAGGAACAUCGUCCACUCCCUCAAACUGGUUGAGUCGCAACUUGAUCCCCAUCUCAGCCAAUCGGCGGCUGUUCCAGUGUAG